GUAAAGAGUGCGCACGUGAGUUCGAGUAGCGUAACAGAUCCACGGUGACCAUGGUAACAGUCAAAGUUGGGCUUGUGUCGGUUUGAGUCCACAUCGGUACUCUGAUUUACAAACAUUAUUCCUCAGCGAAUAUACGACGCUGAAGUUAGCUUCCGAUUCGGAACUAAGGGGAAAGUUAAGGGGAAAUUAACUUAAUGUGCAGUGCGACUGUUUGUCCACUGAUUGUCAGUUUUUUUGUGACGCUUCUUGGUGUGAAAGCAUUUUAGACAUUUUAGGUAAGACAUUAACUUUGCCUGAUACCCACUAUUGUAUUUGUGAAACAUUUAUUUUAUUUGUGAAAAUGCUAAAGGGGAGAUUUCACCGUUUUUGUUUUAUACCUUGACCUCAAUACACCAGGUCCAGAUCAAAAACCACUGUACCUAGACUUCUCAGAUCUGGCCUAGAUUAUCCUACAGAGGCUAAACAUUCAUUCAGACACAGUUUCUGAUUUGUGAAACCUUUAUUCUAUUUGUGAAAAUGCAAUAAAGACACAUUUCACCGUUUUUUCAGCAUAUAGACCACAUUAGACCACAUUUUUACCUGAAUUUGGCACUAUAUCCAGCCUACCUCAUAACUGCGCAAGUUUCACAGAAACAACAUUGGAGAUGGCUCAUAGUAGUGAAAUGAACAGUCAAAUGAAGGGCAACAGCUUUGAUGGACAAUUUUACCGUCUCUUUACCUUGAUUACCUUUGAAUUGCCCUAGUGUAUAAAAUGUGCUAUACAAAUAAAGCUGCCUUGCCUGCCUCAAAACUUGUGACAUCUGUGGCAGUGUGUGACCAAACUACACAUUUCAGAGUGGCCUUCCAUUGCGAUCGGCCUAAGGCACACCUGUGUAGUAAUAAUGCUGUUUAUCAGCAUCUUGAUAUGCUGCACCUGUAAAUUGGACAGAUUAUCUUUGAAGAGGAAAAGUGCUCACUCAUGCUGAUAUUUUAACAAAUUUGUAACCACAAAUUGAGAGAAAAAUAUUUCUCUUGAGUGCAUUAAAAGUCUUAGAUGUUCAAGUUAAAUCUUUGAUGACAAGCUGUAAGUAAAAAAAAUAUCAAAAAGAGAAUUUUUCAGCACUGUAUGACCUUAUCCUGAAUGUUUAUGUCAGGUUUUUGGAUGAUACUAAGUCUGUUAAGUCCCAUUGGCUCACUACCAAAAUUGAACAUAAAAUAAUAUUCUCCUGAUGACCUGCCAUUUUUAAAAGUGUGUCAGCUGUCAUAAACAAACAAUGCACACUUAGUUUACGUGCCUUAUUAUUACAUUUCAAACAGAGCAUUAACGUAGGUGUCUCCACAACUCAGAGGAAAGAAGACUUGCGAUCAGUGUGUACAUGAAUUCAGUGAAAACUAGUUUUAGGUUGUGUACUCUUUGAACUAAGCCGCAGCAUAAAUAGCUCCAAAGUCUGUCAGAUACACUAUUUUUUUGUGCACCCUGUCCUGGGGAGAAAAAAUAAAAAACCUCAGAGACAACUGCACGGCUGGGUGGUCAGUGGUUUGAUGUGUCCUGUGGUCCAUUCAAGUCAAUCAUUACACACAGGGUACACAACUCCAGUCAGCCUCUGGUCAUAUUUCUGCCACACUGCCUGACUGCUGAGCUGGAGCGCACAGAACAGGCUUCCACAGGAAUCCACAGGCUUUAUAUCCCAGUUACAACCUUACAGGCAACUUCGACUCAGACCGACUGAACUGUCCAUGGCCCGCGUCCUUUCCCUGUUUCGGCCUCAGGCUUUUCUGGCCCUCGUGGACAGGAGAAAACCUGUGUUGUGCAAAAUGUCAAUGGACUCACGGGCACGCAUGGUGUUUGCAGCCGCUGUGGAAGCUGUGCAGCCUGAUACGGUGGUCCGGCAGAGUAUAGUGCGCAAGAAGGACUCAGUCAUUAUCAAUGGUCACAAGUUCACACUCAAUCACAACUUGCACUUGGUGGGCUUUGGAAAAGCUGUGCUGGGUAUGGCUGCUGAAGCCGAGAGGAUCGUGGGCGAUCAUUUGGUGAAUGGAAUAAUAAGCGUGCCACAUGGGAUUCAGCAGACAUUACGGCAGCAUGGAAAAGAACAUCUCUUGGUAAAAGAAAACAGUCGCAUCAAAGUGAUGGAGGGAGCGAAACACAACCUGCCUGACGCUGAUGCCCAGAAGGCAGCUGACAGCAUCAAGCAGUUAGCCAGCGAGCUGACGGAGAACGACCUGCUACUUGUACUGAUUUCAGGUGGAGGCUCUGCACUGCUACCUGCACCCAUCCCUCCAAUCUCACUGCAAGAGAAACAGGAAGUGACCCGCAAACUUGCAGGUGCUGGCGCCACUAUUCAAGAGCUGAACACUGUGCGACGUGCCCUGUCUCUCUUAAAGGGUGGAGGACUUGCACGUUGUGCUCACCCAGCCCAGGUGGUUUCACUCAUAUUGUCUGAUGUAAUUGGAGACCCCCUGGACUUGAUAGCCAGCGGCCCCACAGUGUGGACUGAGGUGUGGCCUGAAGAAGUUUUGUCGGUCCUCGAACGUUACAAGCUGUUGAACUCUUUACCAGCCUCAGUAAAGGAAGUCCUCGGGAGACCAAGUCCCCGCUUGAGGGAGAAUAAUGAUGAAUCCAGUACGUCAGGAAAUGUUCUCAAUGCUGUGAUUGGCUCCAACAGCAUCGCCCUCCAGUGUGCAGGUCGCCGUGCUCGAGAGUUAGGCUUCCGUCCGGUUGUGUUGGCACCAGGAGUAUGUGGUGAUGUAAAGUCAGUCUCCAGACUGUACGGGCUCCUGGCCCGCUUCGCCUGUUCCAGAGAGGAACCUCCUCCAGAGAUUGCUGCUGAGGUGCUGAGGCUGGGGCCUGAAGUAGGCGUGGAGAGCUGGGACCUCUGCCGCACUAUGCAGGUCUUGGGUGAAGGGCGCACAGAAGGAUGGGGUUCCACGUGUCUGUUAGCUGGAGGGGAGCCCACCGUGGAGCUGACAGGCAUGGGUCGAGGUGGUCGAAACCAGGAGCUGGCCAUGCGGGUGGGGGUGGAGCUGAGAGGCAUGAAGCUCCCGCCUAACGGUCCUGUGUUCCUGAGUGGUGGAACUGAUGGUCAGGACGGACCCACUGAGGCAGCAGGGGCUAUCACGGAUGGGGGGUUGUGUGUAGAGGCCCAAGCACAGGGGCUGGACAUUGAAACCUUCCUUACUAACAAUGAUUCUUACACUUUUUUUACACGUCUUUCCAAAGGGCAGCGUUUACUUGUACCAGGCCUAACCUGCACAAAUGUGAUGGAUGUGCACAUGCUACUUAUUCCACCAAUUCCCAUUAACAUAAGAUAAUGCCAAAGUACAUGAGAUAAAAGUAUCUAAGUCCAGUGGGUCUGUAUGAAUAAAGCACUCUAUCAGUCUGUGUGGCUUGGCAUCAUAGUACAUGUUUUUUUCCAACUCUACACAGACAUUUUCACACUUAUCUGUGAAACUACAUGAAACACUGGUGUAGCUAUAUGAAAUUCUGAUGACCACAGAGCAUUGAAUUAUCUUUUUUUUUUUCACUGAAAAAACAAUAAAACACCCAAGCUCUAGCAAUUAAAGUGUCAAUAAAAUCAGUAUUUUUUUUUAAUAUAAUAUCAAGCUAUUUCAACAAAGCUUUGCUGCUGGUCUCUUCAGGUACUUAGACACCUUAAAUAUGCUGCUGAUUUUAUUCUUUAGUUCAUCUGACAAGGACUAUGUACAUCAUUAAACAUUUCUGUAAACACACACUGCAGCACACUGUUUUGUACUACAGACUUGUCUUUCCCAUUAUAACUGUAUUAUAACAUGUAAGUUUAAUUUACAAUCAGCUAUUACAGCUGAGUUAUAAUAGAUGAUUGUAAGAUGGCUCAUACAAUGCACAUAAAACGCAUUCAACCCCC